GCCACAAUCUGGAAGUUAGCAGCACACACUGAUGCUCCGGAUUAUACAAUGGCUUGCAAGUUGCCCCUUCGGGAAGAGUUUGAGAGCUGGACUACACCGCAGGUGAUGGAAUAUUUAAAGCAGUUUGGACUGCAGGAAUGUGCUGAAGUUCUGGACAAACAAGGAUUAAAUGGCUGCGCAUUUUUAAAUAUGACAGAGAGAGAGCUGAAUAAAUUCAACAUACUCUUCCAACCGCAACUUCAAAAGAUUGUUCAUGACAUCAAGAAAAAUGAUGGGGGCAUCAUGCAAAAGAUCAAGAAGUUCCAAAAUGAUCAAGUGGCGUUAUUUUGCAAAACUGGCAAAGAAACUUGGGAUCGAAUAAAAAGCAAACCGCCCCCGCCUCCUACAGUUCCGCAAAGAGACUACGUGUUAGGUGAAGUAGAGGAAGAGUUUGAUGAAUGGUCAGAUGAAUCGGACAGUGAGUAUGUAAAUCCAGAUCCACAGUCAGAUUCAGAGACGUACGUCAUACCAGCAGAGGAAGAUGACAAUUAUGAGCCACCACCUACAGAACCUGUAAAGACUAUUCCUUCGUCUUUCACUUUCAGUUCCUCUGGAGGAGGAUAUGCAGAUAAACAAGGAAACAGACAACUACCCCCUGUACCAGAUCAAGCAAACAAAACUCCUAUGAGGUUACAGCCAAAUGUGAACCAAACAUUCCCCAAGGUGUCUCCACCUUUGCCCAAACCCAACCAGCGACUGCACAAUGGUACAAAGUCACUACCUUUGCCUGUACCAAAACCUCCUUUGCCAAAGCAGCCAGUCACUCCCAGACCCCAUGCAGUGUCUCAAAACCAGUCUGCCAGCAAGAAGUCCAUCACACCUCCAAAGCAACAGUACGUGGAUGAGGAAGAGUAUAUUGUCCCAGGAGAGGAAGAGGACAAUUAUAUUGAACCUACACAAGAUCCACCUUUCCCACCUCCUGUUGUGAACAGAAGUUCAAAACCUGUACCACCAGCACUUGGUAAAAAUCAUCAAACAUCACAUAACCCAGUUGUGUAUGAGGUCCCUGAAAGUGAGCAGAAACCACCUUCUCCUGCAAAAAGGAAUUCUUUACCUCUUCCAAGAAUCAAUUCAUCAUCAACAGCGGAGCCAGCGUGUGAAGAUGAAUACGAACCGUGUGAUGAACUUGAAACUUUGGCUGUUGGUAACAAGAAAAACACACCGAACAUCCCGUCCCCAUUGCCAAGAAAAUCCAAACCACUUCCUGCAUGGUCGACAGGCUUUACCCCUCGUGACAUAAACGGCAAUACUGAUAAGUCCACAGCGGCAGAUCGUAACAGAACACCAAGUGUCGGAGCAGAUCUCCCUCCAUUGCCCCAUUCAGCUCAAAAAUUACCAAUUCCUCUGCCUAAAACCAACAUGCAGAAACCCCCCGAAGUUCCAAAUCGUUAUGUGAGCAACCCAAGCCGUAAAAUGUCUCACAGUAGCCCAGAAGAGGAGGCGGGUGUGUUAAAUAAAGAGUGGUACGCUGCAUCUUGUGAUCGUAAAAAAGCCGAAGAAGCCCUGUACACAUCAUGCAAGGAUGGGUCGUUCCUUGUACGGCAGAGUUCUGGGCAAGAUCCAAAGCAGCCCUACACGCUUGUGGUCUUUUACAACAGGAAAGUAUAUAAUAUUCCGGUUCGAUUUAUUGAAGAAACACGGCAAUAUGCGCUUGGAAGAGAGAAAAGUGGGGAAGAGAAAUUCAGUAGCGUUGCAGAGAUGAUUAUGAGUCACCAGCGAAUGCCCCUUGUGCUAAUCGACAGUCAGAACAACACAAAAGAUUCUACAAAAUUGAGACAAGCGAUAAAAGUCUCAUAGGCUCCAUGCGGCCCGGGGGUCUCUUUGCCAAUGAGUGGCACACACAAACAUACUGGCAUCAUUUCAUCACCGAGAACACUCACAAUUGUGUAUAUAGUUCUAAUUGUUAGGCAGUGUGGUUUCUGUGGUUGUUGCUGGAUACAUUUCUAUUUUCUCUUCUGUAAAUAUUGUUAUAACGUAUCCAGACGUUUUGAUCAAUAAAAGAACAGUUCGCAAA